AUGUUUCGCACGUUCGGAGUUAUCGGCUGUGCGCUGUGGAAUGGUGCGCUGGAUGCCGUCAAGGGGAUUGUGGUCGUCGUACAAGGCCUGCAGGGCUACGAUGUACAACUGAACGAAGAGGAACGCGUUCGCGCAAGUUCGCGGACCCUUUUCAGUACAGAUGUCGAGGACUCCAUCGACCGCCAUAAACGCACACUGAAAGCGCUACAUCUGCCAGAAGGCGGAAUAGCAGUCGACGAAGAAGAACUGCCUCCGCAGGCGCUGGCCAGAUGCGGAUAUCCGGAGACUACGUCAGAGGUUGAAGGAGAAUCGUCAACGUUGCUGUCUUCGGGACACUAG